AAUAUCAUUCCCAUCUAAUCUACCACUGCGAUCGAAUACACCAUACAACAAUCCUUCCGGCGCAUUCGACCCCAUUGAAAAUCCUACGCAUCUAACUAAUCCCAUCUAUCUAUCCACCAUCCACCCCCCAUCUAUAACAAACCCCGGCUCUCCGCGGCGUCGCAUCGGCUCACUCGCAAUGACGCGCUGGUAAUUCGUAACGCCUCUCUACCUAGGUACCCUGCGUCCGCUUCCCCGUUCUCUGCGGUUCAUGAGUAUGGAAUUCUACCAACCGGCCUAUACUCAACUGCCAGAGAUAAGUCCAAUCCCGUCCGUGUCGUAGCGAACGAGACAGACCUACCUAUAGGCUGCACCCUCUAUUUUCUGUCAUGGUCGGCACUGCACCAACCAAAUGGCUACAGCGUCCAGCCAACAAUCGGCCAAUUUGGCAAACAAUCCAUCCUCCAUCGCUACCGGUGCCUCGAAUACUACCGUCCAACAUCUUUCCGAAUCUCCUGCCCCCGGCUUGCCCGCACCGUCGCCAUCCUUAGCCGCCGCUACUACCAACGGUGGCACCAAUGGUCUCCUGCCAUCUACUUUACCCGCCGACGGUUCUCUCCAUACGGAUCUGAGAUUGUAUCCGCGAGAUGGACGUGUCAGAAACCCCGUACCGAGCAAGCUGAAAGAUGUUACGGAGCAGAUGAAAGGGAACUUCAGUGUUAUGCAUAUGGAUGUUGCUAGUCAUCGCGCGAGCGAGGGCCGUGAUGCUGCAGCAAAGCGCACGAGCGAAAGCACUGCACUACAGGCUAGGCUAGCCCAGACUGACACAUAUGUAUCUCACCAACGAAGAGCGAAUUACCCACGACCACCCGGGUUGAAACAAUUCACGUCUCCCAAGAAAUCCGCCUCUACUGAGCCGGUCGUUAAUGAACCCGCUCCUCUAAUACCUCUUUCUAUGGCCGAGACUAAAACGGAACAGGCUAGGCUAUUAACGCUUCUGAGAACUCUAGCUCCUAAUACUGUUGUUGAUCAAUUAUGCAGAGCACUUGCUUUCUUUGGUGGUAUACCCGAUGCCCCUCCUCCUGCGGAUGGCAAGUUUCCAGAAAGCGCCGAAGCGAACGGUUCUGGCUCUCUGUUUGUCGGGUGGAUCGCCGAGAUAUUCCCUAAUCUUGACGAACCUCGAAAACGAGCAAGACUUCCAUCCCUACAGUAUGCGAAUCAACGGCGGCCAAGGGGACGGCCCAAAGGCAGUAAAGCUACCAAAUCUCGAAGCGACAAGGGCAUCAAGAAGGGUAACAAGGGACCAAACAAUCGAACCCAAGAACCUCAGGAUGAUAGCUGGGUUGAUGUAGAAGAUAGCGCCAUGGAGCUGAAUGGAGAAGAUGAUUUAGUCGAAGAGGUAUUGCAGAAUGCCCCGAGCACACCCCCGCCGGCUCCGGAUGGGGGACAUUUCAGCAACACGCCGGUCACAGGUUCGACUGGCGGGUUUAAAUCUAUUAAUGAUGCCGCCGUUGCGGCCAAUGCGGCAAUCGCUCCUGGGUCUAGCGCAAAACGACGGGGACGACCCAAGGGCUCCAAAAACCGGCCUAAGGAUGUAACCGGUUUACAACAGGGUGGUCAACCCACCGAAUCUGCAAUUCCGAACCCGAACACUCAUAACCACACCGAUCAUGUGUCAGCCUACCCAAUACCCCCGAAGGUGACACCGGUACCGGUGCCAUUGCCUAUGCUUGGCGAGCAGCCAAAGAAGAAGACAAAUUCUGGCCGGCCGAAGGGCUCCAAGAACCGUCCUAAAGCUACUGCCGAUUUAACAGGCCAGGAUAUAACUGCGUCUCAACACCAGACGUCUGAUUUACCGAAUCAUCAAAGCAGCCAACCUCCAGGUCAGGUGAUCACGAUUGGCCAGUCAUAUACGGGGAGCACCGCUGCUUCCAAUGCUAACAUUAACGCUGCUCAGGCAGAUAAGCGAGGACAAAUACUACCGCCUGCCGCAGUUCCUGCCCCUCAGAUUCCGACCUUGCAAGUGAAGGAGUCUACGAUAGUAGGGAAGAAGCGAAAGCGGCCGUCUGCUCCUGCUGGUACUACCAACCCUCAAGGAAACAUUACACCAGAUGGUGUGGUUGGAAACAAUCCAAACCCUCCGCCAGGGCAACCCAGCAUCCCACAAACAACGACUACGAUUCCUCAACCACAGCCCCCGACCAAUCAGUCUAUUCAGCAAUCUACCGCGACCGGUAACGUCGCGCCAUCGGCCAAACGAUCUCGCAAAUCCCAAGAGUCGGGUGCACUACAAACAUCAAAACGGUCGACUCCAAAUAGCAUGGCAACUAAGAAUUCUAUGCCAUCUGCAGCCGUCACCUUGGACCCAAUUCGACAGCCGAGCCAGACUACAGCGUCAGCUCAGAACCAUUUAUCAACGGAUGGCCUCGAGGCACAUUAUGAAAGAAUGGUACAGGGCCACCCGAAUCGUCCUCAGAAGCAGCAGCAACCUGCUUCGCAAAUCGGACAAACAAUCUCUCCGGCCCCUGCGGAAGGUUUAGAGGCUCACUACGAGCGCUUUACUGCUCUCCAAAACCGCCAAGAUAGCGGGAGGCAACCGACGGCCGGUCGUCAACAGAUACAACAGCAGACCACCCAAACCGCCUCACCUAUACCAUCACAGACUUCGAAGGCGCCACAAAUGUCGUCUUCACUAGCUCCGCACCAGCAGGCAAGGACGUCACAAAGUUAUUAUCCUCAAACACAACCUUUGGGCUCGUCCUACAAUACACAGGCUCCCACUUAUUCAGCAAACCAACGCCAACCGCAGCAUAUGGCUACCGGGUCCCCUGGCACUGGACUCGUACAACAUAUGACUAAUUCUCCCCAAUUCGGGGCUCAAUCAAACUCGCCUUUAUUACAAGGCGACAGUAGCAAUUACCGAGGAUCACCUUCGUUGGUACACAAUAAUACAGGCUACCCACCACGGCGAACACCCUCGGCAUCACCUCUCGAUAAUAAUUAUCGGGCCGCAGGCACCGCUAGCCACAACGUUUCAAGCCACUCACCUCACUUCGGCGCACGCCAGACUCCGACGACUACACACAGCACGUCACACCCUGCAAUGCCGUCUUCCUUUGCACCUUUUUCAGAUUCGAGCUUCCUCGACAUACAAAGUCUAGAUUCUGGCAAUAGCCACAGUGGACUCAAUCUUGGUACUAGUUCAUAUGGGCUUAGUAGUGGAGGUGUACCUCAGCAACAGAGAACAAGCAGCUCAAGCGCUGCGUCUCUCUAUUCUUCAGCCGCGGGGAUGAAUAACAGUUAUUUGUCUUCCUCUAAUGUUGGCCGUACUGCCCCGAAUCGGUGGCCAUCAUGAUUCUGUUUUGCUGGAAUGUCCAGUAGCUAGUAUGGGAUAGGGGAUUCGAUCUGAACAUGAUAUAUGACGGAAUGUGGCGUUAUAGGAAAGGAACCCAAAAAAUAUAAAGUGGCGUUUGUUUGAAUAUGGAUUCUUUUUCAUUUAAGAGUGCGGCUCAAGCGGCUCUUUUCAAUUUUAUCAUCGUUUAUUUGUUACCUAGCUCUCCUCUGCGCUGCAUGGCUUUACGAUGGAAUGUCCACAAGGGAAAGGGAUAGGAAGGGAAGGGAAGGAACAGGAAACAAAUGGGGUUUGUCUUUUUCUUGAUGUUUCUACUUCUUUUUCUUCCUGCCUCCCUUUCUUAUAAUGAGUAGGGAUGGGUAAAGGGGACUUCGACUGGAUUUGGGCGCGGAGAGCACACAGCCAGACGAUGUGAUUAUUUUUUCCCUGUAAAGGGGUCUUCGGUGGAUUUGCCUUUUUAACAUGGAUUGAUUGCAACAUUUUAUGUUCAGGUA